CGAAUAUAUAUAUUUAUCAUUAGUGUAUAUAAGUAUAUUCCAGGCGUACAGGUUUACACCCGGUGAACUUUUUUUUUCUUUUUUCUUUUUCUUUUAUUUUAAACUAGUGGUAUCGCAGAGAAGGACUCUUGCUCUCCUCUGCCUUUCGGCGAGUUACCGAAGGUGGGAUAUUCUCCUAGCACGCCCUAAGGGGCGUAGGGACCUCGGAGAGAAGAGAAGGGGAGAAAGAGGCAGGGUGGGCGGGUGUCACCGGGCGAGUCGGCGGCGAGGGCAGGAGCGUUCGGGCGGCACCAUGCGGUCCCUGCCGGUGCUCGGCUUCUCCGCGUGCGCCCUGCUCUGCUGGGCGUUGCUGGCCGGCGGCACGGGAGGCGCCGGCGGCGAGGGCGCGGGCGUGGGCGCGGGCGCCGGGCGCCGGGAGAGAGAGGCGCUGCCGCCGCAGAAGAUCGAGGUGCUGGUGCUGUUGCCCCAGGACAACUCGUACCUGUUCUCCCAGGCCCGGGUGCGGCCGGCCAUCGAGUUCGCGCUCCGCAGUGUGGAGAGCAAUGGGACCGGGCGGUGGCGACUGCCGCCCGGCACCCGCUUCCAAGUGACCUACGAGGACUCGGGCUGCGGCAACGGCGCGCUCUUCCGUUUAGUGGACCGCGUGGCGGCGGCUCGCGGCGCCAAGCCCGAUCUCAUCCUGGGGCCGGUGUGCGAGUACGCGGCGGCGCCCGUGGCCCGGCUGGCAUCGCACUGGGACCUGCCCAUGCUGUCGGCCGGGGCGCUGGCCGCCGGCUUCCAGCACAAGGACACGGAGUACUCGCACCUCACGCGCGUGGCGCCAGCCUACGCCAAGAUGGGCGAGAUGAUGCUCGCUCUGUUCCGCCACCACCAGUGGACUCGCGCCGCGCUCUUCUACAAUGACGACAAACUGGAACGGAACUGCUACUUCACCCUCGAGGGGGUCCACGAGGUCUUCCAGGAGGAGGGCUUGCACACCUCCUACUACAGUUUCGACGAGGCCAAAGAGUUGGACCUGGACGACAUCGUGCGCAACAUCCAGGCCAGUGAGCGAGUUGUGAUCUUGUGUGCGAGCAGCGACACCAUCCGGAGCAUCAUGCUGGCAGUGCACAGGCACGGGAUGACCAGUGGAGACUACGCUUUCUUCAACAUCGAGCUCUUCAACAGUUCUUCCUACGGAGACGGCUCGUGGAAGAGAGGAGACAAACACGACUUUGAAGCUAAGCAAGCGUACUCAUCUCUCCAGACAAUUACUCUACUGAGGACAGUGAAACCUGAGUUUGAGAAGUUUUCCAUGGAGGUGAAAAGUUCUGUUGAGAAACAGGGGCUCAAUGAGGAGGAUUACGUUAACAUGUUUGUUGAAGGAUUCCAUGAUGCCAUCCUCCUCUAUGUCCUGGCUUUACAUGAAGUACUGAGAGCUGGCUACAGCAAGAAGGAUGGAGGGAAAAUUAUCCAGCAUACUUGGAACAGAACAUUUGAAGGGAUUGCUGGACAGGUCUCCAUAGACGCUAAUGGAGAUCGCUACGGGGAUUUCUCGGUGAUCGCCAUGACUGACACAGAAGCUGGCACCCAGGAGGUUAUUGGUGAUUACUUUGGAAAAGAAGGUCGGUUUGAAAUGCGGCCGAAUGUCAAAUAUCCAUGGGGACCUUUAAAACUGAGAAUAGAUGAGACCAGAAUUGCAGAGCACACAAACAGCUCUCCUUGCAAAUCAUCAGGUGGCCUAGAAGAAUCCGCAGUGACUGGAAUUGUCGUGGGAGCUUUGCUGGGAGCUGGUUUGCUAAUGGCCUUCUACUUUUUCAGGAAGAAAUACAGAAUAACCAUUGAGAGACGAAACCAGCAUGAAGAAAGUAACAUUGGAAAACAUCGAGAGUUACGGGAAGAUUCCAUCAGAUCACAUUUUUCAGUGGCUUAAAAGGAAGGCUUUUCUUCCAGCAUGAGAUUCUUGGAGGAGAGAGAAAGCAUGAAAGAGUUCCGCGGAACCGAAGGGUGCUCUUGAAGAACUCAUUCUUUUAAGCAGUUAGUUGUUUUGUUGUUAAAUUUCUUUAGAAGCUCAGGAAUGAUUAUUGAUCGCCAACUGCCUCCUGGCCUCCCAUCUCAUGAUAAAUGUAUAACGUAUAACAGCACUCUGUUAAGAUGUUCGUACUAUUUCCAGGGCAUACGAUCAGAUUUAUGGUUUGAAAAUCUGAUGUCUCCACGUCUUGAUGGCUUUUGGGGGCCUUCCAAACUAGGCUGUAAAAUGUGGUUUUCUUAAAUGAAAUGUUUUAUAGCUGGAGUAAAAUCAUUUUUACAAGUAGAAUAUUCUUGGAAAGAAUUUAACACCUAAGAAUAGGAAAAUGUCUUGAAAAAAAAAAUCUUAAAAUGGAAAGAACAGCGUUCCUCUCUCUCGGGCUGGUGGGUAGAUUUGAGGUUGGUUGGAAGGACUCUGUCCAAAGUAGCCAUUCAUGUCCUGACUUCUUUCAAAAACGAAUUUCUUUUCUGUCUCCUUCGGUGUCUCAUGAAGCCACUCUAGAAAGUUGUAACUAAUAACAAGAUGAGAGAAUUUUAUAAAAGAAAAAGGAAAACUAAAAUGGUUCAUUCUUUAAUGUAAACAAAGCACCCUCUCACUAACAUUUUAUUUUUUAAGUAUCUUAAUCGUAUAUUUUGCUAUUAGAAAAUGUGUCUAUUUUUUCAUUUAAAGAUUAAAUUUUGCUUAUAUUUUAACAGUAUGGGUAAAAUAUAAACAAACCAAUAUUGAUGAGACUUCUUUUUCCCCCCUCCCUUUUCAUAAUCAAAUGCUAGUCUUUGCUUUAACUAUAGAGAUUCAUUCUUGUACUCAGAUCACAAAUCCUAUAGUAGUGCAUCAAUUUACCUAUUUUGAGUGCAGAUUGUUUGGGGGAUUGAUUCCUUCUAAUUCCGACCAAAUGAGGAUUUUCAAGAUCAGGGGUGAAAUGUAUUAAGUCCAGUAGAAUUUCAUAAAAAGAGGCAACCCUUCUCCUUCAAGAAGAACCUUAUAGUCAGAACUUGACCAGGAAAGAUAAAAUUUGCAAGCACAUACAUGACACUUUGCCCAAAUUCACAGUGAUGCUUUUAGGGUAAGAGAGGGAAACUAGAUCACUAGUAUAGUUGCCUUUCAGUGAAUUCCACAUAGCUUUUUUAGUUUACAAGUAAUUCAUAGAAUGGAGAGCUUAGGGUAAAUAUAAGGGAUUUGAAUAUUUUACUGACUGUGUAUUUUGCAUCUGGUAUUUUGAAUAUAGGUUUAAACUCAGGUUGCUACUUUUGUGUAUGGUUUGUGGAAAAAAUAGUGAGGGAAGAAUGGAAAGUUGUCAAAUCAUGUAUCUUCUUGUAAUUAUGCCAAGUAGGUUUUUUUUCUCAGCCAUGCUUCAGGUAGCUGAAAAACAAUUUGAAAGAUCUGACGGUCUCUAAAAGACCAUAAAUGAAGGAAAACAGGGAAGUUCUAAUAAUUCCUUGGUAGCAAUGCAGGUUGUAGAUCAUAUAGGAAGUGUUGGAAGUGGGUGAGUAGUAGCCAUUGUCCUGAAAGCUGGUCUAGAAAUUGCUUCUCAAGAAGUCUGCCUUUAUUGCUUCUAGCUCAAAGUGAGUAGAUUUUUUUCGCCAUAUGAGGCACCAUUCUCUAGUACUGUGUCAAAAAAUGGGGUGCAGGCAGUCAGUGAGCAUGAGAAAAUUAGCUUAUGAUCAGCAAAGAGUUUUCAUUAUAGAUCUCCAGCUGGAUUCAAAGGACAAUGUUCAGAAUUUAGAGAAGGACUGGUGGAGUUGGGGAGAAGGGAGGUGGGUAAGGUGGAAGAUGCUGGGAUGGGGGACUGGAAAAAGUAUGGAAGAAAACUAAGUUCCAAAAUUUGAGUAUAGGAAGGGUAUUUGGCAGAGCAAAGCAUUUAAUAGCUCAGGACUCCCCAAAGUGAAAAUAGAAAGGUUGUGUCUCUUAUUUCCAUGAAUUUGAGCAUCUAUUUCUCUCAUUUUAAUUUGUAAGGCUGUUUUCCAUGUAUUUUACAGAUACCCAAUUUUCUGUUGUCUUUCAAAAACAUCUGAAUUUUGAUCCUCUGUGCUUAUUAUAAUCACUCUGAUUAUUGUCUUUGAAUUGUAAACAUUUCUGAUCUUUUUAGAAUUUAUUGACUAACAUUUUAAAGAACGUAUCAUUUAUUUCUAUUUCAGGUAGCGUGAUAGUUCUAAACUCAAUAUUAUAUCCUUAGAUAAAAAUUUUGAAAUAAGUGAGAAUUUAGUAUUAAAAAUGAUGGAAUAUUGUGAGGUUUCUUAUAAGUAGGUGCUGCUGUCUUGAAAUCUGAAAGCUCUUCUAGGCUUCUGAAGAUUGAAAACUUACUAACAUGUCUGACUGUUCUUUCUUUCUUGAAACUGUCACACGAGAUACAAAAACUCUGUUAAAAGUUUUCAAAACUCCUUAAGUUGGAAACCUUUAAUAAAAGCAUAGGUGUUUGGUCCAAGGUUACCACCGAGGUAAGAAUGAUGGAGAUUAUGCCUUGGGAUUUAAGUUCCUAACUGCUAACCAACAUAUUUACAACCCGUCAUUCAUAUAUAAUAUAGUAAAAUAAAUAGAACCUUAGUUCUUAAAUAAUUCUAUAAGCUUUUGCCCUGAAACUCAGGGUGCUCAGAUUUCAAAAUGGUAGGCUUUAUCGGUAUUUUCUUAUCUGGCCAAAUAUAAAAUAACAUUUAUAUAGGUCAAAUGAGCAUAUGCCAUAAAAAUAUAUACGUGUAUACACACACAUGCACACACACACACACACACUCGCACACACACUGAUGUUAUUAGAAACAAGUAUACUUUUUUUAUGGUCAUCAUUGUCACCUUCUUAAAUUUUUUCCCCCCAGACUCAAAAAUUAAAGCUUUCUCUAGUUAACCACUGCUACCCAGAAAUAACUUUCGGUAUAGAGUGCCUAUCUUACUCCAGACUGACCACAUUUCCACAAGGGAACCCCUGUAAACAUUAAUAUUUCUUGGAAGAACCAUCAGCUUGUCUUUUCCUGAAUGACAGACACAGUCCACAGGCAAUAAAAUAGUUCUUUACAUUUCAGAAGCCAUAUUUCAUGGAGGGAGUGGAGAAACACAGGGCAGGAGAAAGCUUCCCUCUUUGCUUUCCCUUCAGUCUAAAGACUUUUGUUUUGGGAUGUUCAUACACUUCUCCCUCCUCUGAGGCGUCAAAAAUCAUGAGUUUAUUCCAGGUGUGUGUGUCCUCUUUGCCCCUACAUUACCACUUUUUUCUGUGUGCUGCUGAGUGGGGGCAGUGUAAGAUGUGCCCUUCAGUGAUACUAGGGCCACUGUUUAACCUCACAUUGAGUGACAGGAAUUCUGAGUAUAGGUCCCAGAGGUAUCACCACCUUCUUGUGCGAGAGUCCACAAUGUUUAUUUGUGAAAGCCUCUACAAACUACAAAAGUCUCUACAAACCACAUUUGUGAAAGUGUAGUUCAAAUAGAAUAACACUGAUAGAUAUUAAGGGAGUCUUUCCAAGUUGAAAGGAACACAUGCCUAUGUUUGUCAGGGCACAAAGAACUCAGCUCCUAACUGGUUGCAGCCAGAAAGUCAAGUGCCACUAAAGUUAGGUCCCUUGAUCAAUGUUUCAUGGGCUUUAUUUAAUUAUACUAUAUGAGGAAGUGGAUAAUGAGCUGAAUUUCUUCGAUAGAAAAAAGAAAGGAACUAACUCUCUGGAAAGGAUUUAAGGCCUAAUGUUUCUUUUCUACUCGAUCUUUAGAAUGACAGGAUGAUCAACAGUUUCAUCUCUGGUUAACAGCCAGAUUCAACAACAACAACAAAAAAGUUGGCAUGCAACUAGUAAAAAGAAUCAGGAACUUGAUCCCCAAAAGAAACAGAAGUGGGUAGCAUUGCAAGCUGCCACCAUUUUUACCAUUCCUUCGUCCUCCACAUCUCCCAUCUGUCAUGGCUCCAAAGAGUCAGCAUCUUGUGAGGGCAGGUAGAAACUUGUGACUUGGACCUCCAUAGUUCCUCAGAGGCAAAGAAGGCCAAAUGGUGCUGGCCGGAAGGGGGCUGGCUUUUAAUCCAAAUCCUUGUGCUAAUUUAACCACAUAUAUUUUCGGUGAGAUCAAGCCUGGGGUGUGCAUUUGCUUCAAAAGCCUGAUUUUCAUUUUUCUGCAUAUAGACCUCAUACACAUCUUUUGUAGGCCUAUGCCAGAGCUAGACUCCAGGAUUAAAAUGAUUUUUCAAAGGUGUUGGAUUGAAAUUAGUUCAAAUUUCUCAUUAACCACUAAUGUUGAUUCAUACAAAAGGCAAAGUGAUUUUAAAGGGGCUGAUGCUGUUGAUGUUCAUGUUUCAAGUUACUUUAAGCCCAAUGGAAAAGUCUCAAUGGGAAUUGAAUCCCAGAAGUAAAAAGUCUCGAUGUUAUAAUACCUCUUUGAUGUUAUCAGGCAUGGAAUGCUUCUUUGGGGAGUGAUGAUGAAUGACUGGAAUUAAGAGUGAGCAAAAAUGGUGCAUUGUUUUGAUUCAUAUGUUAGAUCAAAACAUUUAAGACAUAAAUGUUUAUGCACAAGGAAGAAAGGACCCAUUUACCAAGUACAAACUACAACAUAGGCUACCAUUUCUUUUUUUUGGUGGGGGGGCGUGAGGUGGAGAAUGUUAGGGAAAAAAUGCAUCAAAGCACAUAAUGACUAGGUAAAGAAAGUUGAGAAAGAAAAAAAUUUGUAUUUUGAAAUUGGUGUCCUACUGUUUGCUCACUAUCAAAAUUCAACAAUGGCCAAGGUGGCACGUCUUACCAGAGACCUUCUGAGGUACCUGUGACAGCCUGGAGAAACUGUGGGUUUGCAGACCUUUUUGCUGGGUUCAGGGCAUCUGAGUUCUGCUCCCUGUGUGUGAUGAAUAAUCGAAACCAAGAGGACAUGUUGCAGAUACCACGGAAAAUGAAUUCUUCGGCCUUGUCUUCUGGACCGUAUUACUCAUUGUUUAUGCAAAAACAGGACUAUCAAACAAUACAGACCUACCAUGAUUCUGAUAGAAAAGUCAAAGUAAGAGCUGCCCAAGCUUCAGACAGUUUAUUAUUCUAAUGUAAGUAGAACUAUCUGCAUAUAAUGUGAUUUAAUUUAUUGUUGUUUGUGUAGAAAAUGAAACUUCAUGACUGUGGAUAUAACCCCUGUUUUGUAUAAUAUAUUUUAUUUCUGGUGCAAACUGAUCAUUUAAAGUAUCUACUUCAUUUGGUAUUUGGAUAUCAAUGUGUAUGUGUUCUUGUAAAUGUUUCUAUUAAGCAAGAAUACCAUAUGCUUACAAUAUAAUGUGUCCUAAUUAAAAUAUACAUCCCA